UUGUGGCGAAGUUCACCUCCACACAGUUGCCGGUUUGUUUUGACGAGCUGGCACCCGCGGGCGGCGGGAGAGAAGGCACAGCCGAGACGAGUUCAGCACGAGCGGACUUGUCGACAAGCAAAAGACGGCAAGCGAGCGUCGUUUUCUAUCAUCUCGCUCUCUAUCAUUUCCGCUUGUGAGAGUGAGAUAUCCACCUCCAGUGAGUUGCAGUGGGUGCUUCCCUAGCUCUGGUGAAGGGGGCCGGCCGUUCUACAGUUCCGUUGUACUCCAAGCACAGUCGCAGAGCCUGCCUCGUGUAUCUGUGUGUGUUGGGUGAAGCGGGGUGAGGAGGUCUGUGUGUGUGUGUGUGUGUGUGUGUGUGUGAGAGAGAGAGAGAGAGAGAGAGAGAGAGAGAGAGAGAGAGAGAGAGAGAGAGAGAGAUGGCAGCGGCGAGGAUGUACGUGAUAGUCAUUGCUUGUCUGAUGUCCCUGAGCCAUCAGCAAGCUGAAAGCGCUCCCUGGAGAUCGAGGGGCGUCCAUCGGCGGUCUAUGCAAGCACAGAGCGACGAGGCGAGCUUGCGUGCGGCCCUGCUGAAUCCGAAUGUGACGUCAUUCGACUUGACUCGUAACAUAACACUGACCGCCAGUCUGCCUUAUCGCGGUUCUUCCUUCACUCUUAAUGGCAAAUGCGCGGGAAGCCGCUGUGUCAUCAGCGGAGUGAAGCGGUUCAGCUGCUUCCGUGGCAUCGGCAGCUGGACAUUCUCUCAGGUUAUCAUUCAAGAGUGUCGCUCUACCAACCGAUCGCUUGCUGACGCUGGCGGCGCCGCCAUCAACAUUGGCAAUGGCAUUUCCAGCGGCAGCUUGCGCGUUUCCGACAGCAUUAUCCGCUGGAAUACCGCGUCUUUCCGAGGCGGCGGAGUCGGGGUCUGGAGCGGGAGGUUGAACAUCGAACGGUGUGAUUUUAUCGAAAACGCUGCUCAGUUCGGUGGCGCCGUUAGCCUUAACACUUUCGGCAGAGCUUAUCUCACCGGCUCCAACUUCCUCCGUAAUCGAGCGGGAAACGCCGGCGGCGCAAUCUUUAGCUUCGAGGGCACGGUCAACGAAACCACCAAUUGCCGUUUUGAAGGCAAUACGGCGGGAAGGACGGGCGGCGCCAUCGAGCUCCAGAUGUCUUAUGCCUAUACAGCCACUCUAGCGAAAUGCACUUUCAUCGGAAACAGGGCGGGGCUGGCUGGAGGCGCCGUCAACGUGGCAGAUUUCCAUGUCGAAAAACGUUUUUGCUCUGUGACUUGGCAGAAUAACACCAUAGGGACGGGUGCUGUGAAUCAUGUGAGCGUUGGCCCGAGUGAUUUGUCAAUCACUACCGGGGUGUAUUUCUGCCCCGACGUACCGCAGGGGAUCACCGUCAUUGAGACUAGGUUCGGCCCCUACAUCAAGACUUUGUGCAGCGGUUGCCCCGCAUAGCGCAGAUUCUGCGAGAAAAAAAAGGCUGAACAGUUCUGAAGACUGAACAGUUCUGAUAUCGGUCCACAAGGCCACCGUACAACUCUCUGUUCUGUUCAGACAUCUGCACAGACGAGCAUGGUGGGCAGAAGCCCACUUGCGAUGGAGGGCGUUGAAAAGUUUUCUGCUCCCAAUCCACCCACCCGUUCCGCUUUCCCGUUCUCCGCCAUUCUAAUAUCUUCCGCUUGUGACAUGGAUUUCCUCUCCGAAUCCUUGUUCCAUUAAUUUCGAUAGCACUUCUCACUCAGUUCGUGGCACUGUAACGUAG